AGAAAUCCUUCCUUCUCGCUUUUGCUCACGCAGCCGGUGGUUGCGGUGCCCGGCUCGAUUUUACAUCGCCCUUCUUUCCUGGUCGUCGAGAGGAGUGGCUGCCCAUCCGGCUGGCUUUCUGGCAGCGUCAUGGCAGAGCUGGAGAGCCUGGAGUUCGGCAAAGCAGAUUUCCUGCUUCUCGACACCGUGUCUAUGCCGGAGUUCAUGGCCAAUCUCCGGUUGAGGUUUGAAAAGGGACGGAUCUACACAUUCAUUGGGGAAGUAGUUGUUUCUGUAAAUCCUUACAAGAAUUUGAAUAUCUACAGCCGUGAUACAAUUGAACAAUAUAAAGGGCGGGAGUUGUAUGAGAGGCCACCUCAUCUCUUUGCCAUCGCAGAUGCUGCAUAUAAAGCUAUGAAGAGGCGAUCAAAGGACACAUGCAUUGUAAUAUCAGGGGAAAGCGGAGCAGGUAAAACAGAAGCAAGUAAAUACAUUAUGCAGUACAUAGCUGCCAUUACUAAUCCAAGUCAGAGAGCUGAAGUUGAAAGGGUGAAGAACAUGCUGCUGAAAUCCAACUGUGUUCUGGAAGCUUUUGGCAAUGCGAAAACUAACCGUAAUGACAACUCCAGCCGCUUUGGAAAAUAUAUGGAUAUCAAUUUUGAUUUUAAAGGAGACCCCAUAGGUGGACAUAUCAAUAAUUACUUGCUGGAAAAGUCCCGGGUGAUUGUGCAGCAACCAGGAGAGAGAAACUUUCACUCCUUCUACCAGCUUCUUCAAGGAGGCUCUGAGCAGCUUCUGCGAUCUUUGUAUCUGCAUAAAGAUUUAUCUGCAUAUUGCUAUAUUAGUGUUGGAGCACAACCAAAGUGUGCCAUUAAUGACAGUGCAGAUUUCAAAGCUGUUGCUGAUGCAAUGAAAGUAAUUGGGUUUGGACCAGAAGAGGUUCAAACAGUGUACAAAAUCCUUGCUGCCAUUCUGCAUUUGGGCAACUUGAAAUUUUCUGUGGAUGGGGAAACACCAAUGAUUGAAAAUGGCAAGCUAGUAUCUGUUGUUGCCGAUCUGCUCUCAACUAAAGCUGAUAUGGUAGAGAAGGCCCUGCUUUUUCGAACUGUAGCUACUGGUCGUGAUAUCAUUGAUAAGCAACACACAGAGCAAGAAGCCACUUAUGGCAAAAAUGCAUUUGCAAAGGCAAUAUAUGAGCGCCUUUUCUGCUGGAUCGUGAUGCACAUCAAUGAUGAGAUUGCAGUGAAAGACCACAACAGCGCUGUUCACGGCAGAAACACAGUGAUUGGAGUUCUUGAUAUCUAUGGCUUUGAGAUCUUUGACAACAACAGUUUUGAACAGUUCUGCAUUAACUACUGCAAUGAGAAGCUGCAACAGCUCUUCAUUCAACUUGUUUUGAAGCAAGAACAGGAAGAAUAUCAGCGAGAGGGGAUUCCUUGGAAGCAUAUUGACUACUUCAACAACCAGAUUAUUGUUGAUCUUGUGGAGCAGCAACAUAAGGGAAUUAUAGCCAAUUUGGAUGAUGCGUGCAUGAAUGUUGGAAAAGUCACAGAUGAAAUAUUCUUGGAGGUUCUUAAUAAGAAGUUGGGCAAGCAUGCUCACUUUUCCAGCAGAAAGCUUUGUGCUAUGGAUAAAAACCUGGAAUUUGAUAGAGAUUUUCGGAUUAAACAUUAUGCUGGAGAUGUUAUUUAUUCAGUCACAGGAUUCAUUGAUAAAAAUAAGGACACUUUAUUUCAAGACUUCAAGCGUUUGAUGUAUAACAGCUCCAACCCUGUACUGAAAAAGAUGUGGCCAGAAGGCAAACUGAGUAUAACAGAAGUGACCAAGCGGCCACUAACUGCUGCUGCACUUUUUAAGAACUCAAUGAUUGCCUUAGUGGACAACUUGGCAUCCAAGGAACCAUACUAUGUCCGUUGCAUUAAACCCAAUGACAAGAAGUCACCACAGUUGUUUGAUGAAGAACGAUGCAAGCAUCAAGUUGAAUAUCUUGGACUUCUGGAAAAUGUAAGAGUACGGCGGGCAGGAUAUGCCUAUCGCCAAACAUACGAAAAAUUUCUUCACAGGUACAAAAUAAUUCCUGAAUUUACUUGGCCAAAUCACAAAUUACCAUCUGACAAGGAGGCUGUGAAGAAAUUGAUUGAGCACUGUGGGUUUCAAGAUGAUGUGGCAUAUGGAAAAACAAAGAUUUUUAUUCGCACACCACGAACACUCUUCACGUUGGAAGAAAUGCAUGCCAAGAUGCUUGAAUGGGUGGUUCUCUUUCUACAAAAGGUUUGGAGAGGUACAUUAGCUCGACUCCAAUACAAGAGGACCCGAGCUGCCCUCAAGAUUUUAAAAUGUUACCGUCGAUACAAAGUGAAGUCUUAUAUCUGUGAGGUUGCCCGACGAUUUCAAAAUGUGAAGUCUAUGAAAGAUUAUGGGAAGCAUGUGAAAUGGCCUAAUCCUCCAAAGGUUUUGCGACGGUUUGAAGAAGCUCUACAUGCAAUCUAUUACAGAUGGAGAGCACAUGAACUAAUUAAAAGUAUCCCACCCAAAGAUUUGCCACAAAUCAAGGCAAAAGUGGCAGCAUUGGAGUUGCUUAAGGGCCAUCGAGGGGAUAUUGGAUUGCAAAGGGUCUGGCAGGGCAACUACCUUGCAUUGAAUCCUGGUAAUUCUCAGGCUACAGGUUCAUUCACCUCUGUUAUUUCUGAGUUGCAACGCAAGGAUAAGUUCAUGAAGAUUCUUUUUUCAUCUCAAGUUCGUAAGAUAAACCGCUUCAAUAAGGUAGAAAAUCGAGCAAUUUUUAUAACUGACAGGCAUCUUUAUAAGAUGGACCCUGUAAAGCACUACAAAGUGAUGAAAACUAUCCCAUUGUAUAAUCUAACAGGACUGAGUGUCUCUAAUGGAAAGGAUCAGCUUGUGGUUUUCCACACAAAAGACAACAAAGAUCUAAUUGUUUGCCUUGUCAGUAUGCAUUCACUUAAUGAGAACAGAAUUGGGGAGCUGGUUGGAGUCGUGGCAAAUCACUUCAAAAGUGAAAACCGUCGCCUGCAAGUAAACAUCACCAACCCUGUCCAGUGCAGUAUGCAUGGGCGAAAAUGCAGCAUCUCAGUGAAAACCAAAAUCAACCAAUCAGAGCCAAACUUCAUCAAGGAUCGUACAGGUUUCAUCCUCUGGGUAGCUGAAAAUUAAUUUUAUUCUGUCACUAAGCAUCCUUCCACGUUCCACUGAUGCCUUCACUCUUAGUGCCUUCAGUCUUAUGGAGGGAAGGGUAUGAAAGUAUUGGUGUGUGACACACAUCAAACAUUGUUAAUGAAUCAAAAACUUGAAAUGCUCCCUUCUUUAAGCCAACUAUGAUCUUAAAUUAUUGUAUGAUCUAUUGUGUACCAAAAUGGCUUUUAUUAAUGAAUUCUCCAGAUUUAUAAAAUUAUUGUAGAGCUAAUAGUUGAGACUGCAAUGUAAGGAACCAAAAGUUUGUAUGAAAACAAACAGAAGUAACCACUUUCAAUUUUACAAAUACCAAAUCUUAAUUUAUAAAUGGGAGCUAUAUUGGGGGGAAAGAGAUUUUUCUAAAAAAGAAUGAUAAGAGGCUGGAAAUUAUUUCCCUAUAAACUACUCCAUCCUUUCAAUCUUUUUUCCAAGGAAGUUUCAUUUGGCACUCUGUGUGUAUUCAGGCUGGGGAUUCAUUGUUUUGUUGGGUGCAACUCAAGGACUUGCUGAACUUAUAGUGUAUUCCUAUAUGAUCUCUCAGUGGGUCUGGCUUAUAACAUGAGCUGGGGACUAUGAGUUUUAAUCUCACCUUAGCCAUGAAAGGAAGCUGGGUGAUCUUGGGCCAGUCCUUCCUUUCAGCUCAAUUUGCUUCAUAGGUUGUUGUGGGGAAGGGGAAGGGUUGGGAUUUGUUUGCUGCCUUAUUUGUAAAAACAGUAAAGGUGGGAUACAAAUAAAAAAAUAUUUCCCUUCCCCCUUUCCUUUCAGUAUUCAAUCUGGCUCAUAUACUUCUUAAUGACUGAUUGUCAGAUACUACUCCUAUUGCAAGCAUUAAAGCCCAAAGCUUGGGUCAAUAUAUAAUGUGCUUCCUUUAAACAGCUGGUAUUAUUCUGGCCAGCAUAGACUUGUAGUUGCCUUUUGUUGCUUGUACAGUCUUCUGCUGAGGUGCAGUUAUAGCCUUGUUAACAGGGCUUUGUUUCUUCUUGUGCCAAAAGAAACAUAUUUUAUUUUACAUUGAUGGGGAGCACUUCCAGCAUCUUAAAACAAGGGAGGAGAUUGCUAUUUUGGACCAUUUAAAGGUAAAUAAUUGUAAACCUGACACUGCUGGACAGGUCAGGACUUAAAUAAUUAUAAUUGCACACAGCCUAAGAAUAAAGCAAUGAUGGUAGAACUAAUUUUUCAGUAUGCCUGCUUUUGUUUUAAAUGUGAAAAGGCAGUACUUACCAUUUCUGUGAGCUGGGGCACAAAAUGGCAAACAAGUGUUGCCUAACCACAGUAGCUAGCUAGAAGUCCUGUUUGCUUCUGAGUCACUCUUAAAUAUGGUUCAUUUCCUAAGUAGGAUUAUCUGCCUCUGCCCAAGAUGAGUUAUUGCUCUUCUUUUCAAAUUAGUUUUUCAAUGAAGAGGAUUGCUAUCUCAAGUCCUUUCUUUUCCUGUUGAUUAGCCCAGUCUUAUCUUCAAGUGCUCUUAAAAGGGCUUCUUCAACCAAGUGCCUUCCAGGUAGGGAAUAUCAUUCUAAAUCCCAUUAUUCCCAGCCAGAAACCAUCUAGCUGUAAUUUAGGGGAAAUGAAAUACAACACAGAUGGAAUUUACAAGCAGAAUAGGAGUUGCCCUAGAAGAUCAAUGUAACUGUAGAAAUCUCUUUAGGUAUUCUCUUCUUUGUUCCUCCAAAUGCCAGCAUAUCCAUGAUGAAAAGCUAGCAGUAGAGCCUAAUCCUUCAGUCCAACUAAAAAGCAAGCUAGCUUUUGAUCAGUCUAGCUAUCUAGACUGAGCAUUUACAGUCCUAUCUCUAUUGCCAACAGAAAAAUGGACCGCCUCAGAUCACUGAUGCCUUCAAACAUUUACUUUCAAAGCAGCCAAAUUAGCCUCAGAAGUUUUAAAAUUAGCACUUUUAUUUAAUAUUCCAAAAUAAGGGCUGGAUUUGAAUGAUGACCAAAUUUAUGAAAAUUGUAUAGAAGAUUAAAACUUUCUGUACCAAGAUACAAAUCUAUUAAGUUGAUUAUAUAAUGUGUAAUGAAGUAUUUUGAUUUAAAUGAAUUAACAGUAUUUCUGUCUUUCUUGAUUUGUGUGUAUGGUUUUCUGUGGGGCAGAUACAUUAUUCUGCUUGGUUUAACAAAGGUAGUUUCUGCUACCAAAACAGGAAGAGGAAAUUCCUCCUCCUCGCCAGUAUGCUUUGCAGAGCACCCAGUCAACAGGGGAGUAUUGAGAACUGGGCAAGGGGCUCCCGAGAGAAGAAAAUCUAAGUGUAUGAGCUGCUCACAGGAUACCAGAGUCUACCUUGUAUAUGUAUUUCUGGGAUUUAUCUAUAAAUUAACUAUUUUUUAAUUGUACGCCUGAUCUUUAAGAAUGAGGUAAUAGUGUAAUUAAUAUUUUAAAAUAGUUUAUACAGAAAUGUGGACACACACGCCCUAUUCAUAAUUAAGAUGUAUUUUGUUUACAUAAUUGAAAUAAAAGGACUCUCAUCUAUACCCAA